AUGCAAACACUGUGUCUAUUGCACGUAUUCAUUGCUUUUUUUGUAAUUCGUAUCCCAGAUACCGGAUGGAUGACGGUGUGGUGUGCAUCCAGGAAGCCAGAGAGAAUUCUGAAGGUCUUGAUGUUCUUGAAUUCUGGAAUCAUCUAUUCGAAAUACUUCUCGAUUAUUCUAUUUUGUGUGAUGAGAGUGUUUUUAUUAACAACUUCGAGCUAUCUGAAAGAGAAAGCAGGUUUCUACCUAACCUACCUGACUCCCUUCCUCAUUUCCGUCGCCUUCCUCCUUGCUCUCCCACGGUACAUGGAAAAUGCUUCCUGUUCUCAACUUGGAGACCCAUUUCCCCACGGAGCAAUUAUGGUCAUGUCGUUGAUUAGGCAUAAUGCGAAAAUGCCCUUGUCGUUUAUCAUUGAAGUGGUUAUAAACCCAUUUGUGGUGAUUACAAUCAGUGUCUUGAACUUUAUUAUGUUUUUGAAAUUGAGGGAGAGCCGACAGUUUGAAUUUGCGAUCCUUAAUCCUCGCGAUGCAAUGAAAACUCUAGCAAGAAACCAAAAAGAAGUUAACGACACGAUUAAUGAACUGAAUGAGUAA